AGGCCAGCCUAAACUGCGUAACGAGACCCUGUCUCAAAAUGAUAAAACAAAAAAUUAAAUUCUCACUGGCCCGGCCCCCAAAUCCACCUUGAAGUUCAGUACCUGUGUUGCUGUGAUACACGUUGCCCUGGCUGAAAGUGGUUGGGGCCGCCUUGAGCUUAUACAAGCACUCAGCAGUGAGGUGCUGGGAGCUGGGCCAGCCAAGGGGAGCAGUGUGGGGAGGCAGGGACCCAAGACCCUAGUGAGAAGGGGCUGAUGAGAGGAGUCACACUGAAUUCAUGAGCAAAUGAUGGGGAGGUCGGGUCCUCUGCAGAGGCUUUGGAUGUGAAGGGAUGCCAGCCUAGGUCCAGGAGUCCCGGCCUCAAGGGGCGCUGCCUGCAUGCCCUCAAAUAGGCGGGAAUGCUGAGGCAGGGAACACCCUCCCUAACACACAUCCCACACACGCCCAUCAUGUGGUCGCCCGCAGGAGGAGGAGCUCAGGGACGACUUUAAAGAUGCAGAGAAAGGCUCCAUUCUUGCUGGACCCUCAGCCUAGCCCUGGCUCAGGGAGGCAGGUGACAGAGAGGCUCUGAAAUGUCUGGUCCUGAUGGGCCUUCUGGGAAGAGGGGCAGAUGGCGGCCAAGGACCAGGUUUGCACACACUGGGAGUGAGACUCUGUGAGCAGAGGGCAUCCUGGCAAAGUUCAGGGGCCUGGCCAGGGAGUGUCGGAUCUGUCUGAGCCAUACCUGGGCCAACCUUUGUCCCACUAUGCAGAGGGUGAGUGAUGGCCACUCUGGGGGACCCUGGAAGGAUGGAGGCAGGUAUGCAAGACAUCAAGCCUUCCUUCCAGCACCAUGAGCUGAGUGGGAAGCCUGGAGUGAUGCCAGCUGGAAUUCAGGACUCUGCUCGCCCUUUCCUGUCCCAGAACAGGACUAUUCCCAGGCAGGAGCCCUCGAGGAGGAUGCUGGGCUCCUUCAAUGCCACCCCCUCAGCCACGCUGCUCCUUGGACUGCCUGCCAACUACACAGGACCAGGGUGCCUGCAUGUGUCCAUCCCCGAAGGGCUCUUCCUUGUCCUGGGGCUGAUCAGCUUGGUGGAGAAUGUACUGGUGGUGGCUGCCAUCAUCAAGAACCGUAACCUGCACUCGCCCAUGUACUGCUUCAUCGGCUGCCUGGCCCUGUCCGACCUGCUGGUGAGCUGCAGCAUCGUGCUGGAGACGGCCAUCAUCCUGCUGCUGGAGGCAGGCACCCUGGUGACGGCACCCACCGUGGUGCAGCGGCUGGACAAUGUCAUCGAUGUGCUCAUCUGUAGCUCCAUGGUGUCCAGUCUCUGCUUUCUGGGUGCCAUCGCUGUGGACCGCUACAUCUCCAUCUUCUACACACUGCGGUAUCACAGCAUCGUGACCCUGUCACGGUCCCAGUGGGCCAUCGCAGCCAUCUGGGUGGCCAGUGUCCUCUCCAGCACCCUCUUCAUCACCUACUACAAGCACACUGCCGUGCUGCUGUGCCUGGUCGCCUUCUUCCUGGCCAUGGUGGUCCUCAUGGCCGUUCUGUAUGUGCACAUGCUCGCUCGAGCCUGCCAGCACGCCCAGGGCAUCGCCCAACUCCACAAGAGGCAGCGCCCAGUCCCCCAAGGGUUCUGCCUCAAGGGUGCUGCUACCCUCACCAUCCUCCUGGGUAUUUUCUUCCUGUGCUGGGGCCCCUUCUUCCUGCACCUCACCCUUGUCAUCCUCUGUCCCCAACACCCUGUGUGCAGCUGUGUCUUCCAGAACUUCAACCUCUUCCUGGUGCUCAUCAUCUGCAACUCUAUCGUGGACCCCCUCAUCUACGCCUUCCGCAGCCCGGAGCUCCGCACAACACUCAGGGAGGUGCUGCUGUGCUGCUCCUGAGCAGAGGGCAAUCUUAGUCUCAGACCAGGGUGCUUGGCAGAGAUGGUGAUAUUUGGUUGUGGUCCUUUCCUUCCUGAAAGUCCCCAAGAAAGUCCCUUGGGUCUGGGGGAUCAGGGUUUUACCAGUCUUGUGGCCACCCACCGACUUCUCUUCUCUCUAUUGCAGUUCUGGGAGGUCAUCAGCGAUGAGCAUGGCAUAGACCCCAGCGGCAAUUAUGUGGGGGACUCGGACCUGCAGCUGGAGCGCAUUAGCGUCUACUACAAUGAGGCCUCCUCUCACAAGUACGUUCCUCGGGCCAUCCUGGUGGACCUGGAGCCUGGGACCAUGGACAGUGUCCGAUCCGGUGCCUUUGGGCAUCUCUUCCGGCCAGACAACUUCAUCUUUGGUCAGUCGGGGGCAGGCAACAACUGGGCCAAGGGCCACUACACAGAGGGAGCAGAGCUGGUGGACUCGGUCCUGGACGUCGUGCGGAAGGAGUGUGAGAACUGCGACUGUCUGCAGGGCUUCCAGCUGACCCACUCUCUGGGUGGGGGCACGGGCUCGGGCAUGGGCACCCUGCUCAUCAGCAAGGUGCGUGAGGAGUACCCCGACCGCAUAAUGAACACCUUCAGCGUGGUGCCCUCGCCCAAGGUGUCCGACACUGUGGUGGAGCCCUACAACGCCACGCUGUCCAUCCACCAGCUGGUGGAGAACACUGACGAGACCUACUGCAUCGACAACGAGGCGCUGUACGACAUCUGCUUCCGUACCCUCAAGCUGGCCACGCCCACCUACGGGGACCUCAACCACCUGGUAUCAGCCACCAUGAGUGGAGUCACCACCUCCCUCCGUUUCCCGGGUCAGCUCAAUGCUGACCUGCGUAAGCUGGCUGUGAACAUGGUGCCCUUCCCACGCCUGCACUUCUUCAUGCCCGGCUUCGCCCCACUCACUGCUCGGGGCAGCCAGCAGUACCGCGCCCUGACCGUGCCCGAGCUCACCCAGCAGAUGUUCGAUGCCAAGAACAUGAUGGCCGCCUGUGACCCGCGCCAUGGCCGCUACCUGACAGUGGCCACUGUCUUCCGGGGCCGCAUGUCCAUGAAGGAGGUGGACGAGCAGAUGCUGGCCAUCCAGAGCAAGAACAGCAGCUACUUCGUGGAGUGGAUCCCCAACAACGUCAAGGUGGCUGUGUGUGACAUCCCGCCGCGUGGGCUCAAGAUGUCUUCCACCUUCAUCGGCAACAGCACGGCCAUCCAGGAGCUGUUCAAGCGCAUCUCGGAGCAGUUCACGGCCAUGUUCCGCCGCAAGGCCUUCCUGCACUGGUACACGGGCGAGGGCAUGGACGAGAUGGAGUUCACCGAGGCUGAGAGCAACAUGAACGACCUGGUGUCCGAGUACCAGCAGUACCAGGAUGCCACCGCUGAGGAAGAGGGUGAGAUGUAUGAAGACGAUGAGGAGGAAUCCGAGGCCCAGGGCCCCAAGUGAAGCCACUCACAGCUGGAGUAUGGGGCCACGUGGCAGCCAGGGCCAAGACAAGCAGCACCUGCCCCAGAGCCAUCUAGCUACCGACACUGUCCCCAACUUUGCUUCCUACCAGCUUGUCCCAGCACCCCAGGGCUCCCAAGUUAGUGUCCUCCGUAUUUAUGGCCAUCCCACCCGGGAGUCCAUGGCUCUGUCCUCCCCAUAUAGGCCACCUCUGCUUCCUGUUGCUCUUGGUCUCUUUGUUUUAUUGUGGCUCCAGGCCUGAUGUUUUAUGGUUUGUUUUUUACUGGUUGUGUUUAUAUAUUUUGGGGGGAUACUUAAUAAAUCUAUUGCUGUCAAAUA